GCCCUGCCUCCGCCUCCGCCGCCGCCGCCUCCCGGUUCCGCAGUCACUUCCUGCAGCUGUUUCCCGGUGGCUCCGCUCCGACCGACUUUUGACAGUCAACCUCCAGCAGCCGAGCGGCCGGGCGGCGGCGGCGAGCGCGGAAAGUGGUCUUGGAGCGGGCAGCGGCGCGCGGCGGCUGCGGCCUGCCGGUUCCGGUUUGAAGACUCCAUCCCUCCUCACCCACUGGAUUAUGCCUGUGGCUUUCCUGCCUGAUGAUUCUCUUGCAGCAGGCAGGGCUUCCUCCACCUAAGCGGCCCUCGACCUCUCCUCCUAUGUCAGUGGCUGCCAGGUCCACAAGGACCUUGCAGCUUCCACCACAGAAGCCUUUUGGGCAGGAGACAUCCUUGCCUCUGGCAGGGGAAGAGGAGUUAGCUAAGGGAGGGGAGCCAGACUCUGCCCUGGAGGAGCUGUGUAAGCCCCUCUUCUGCAAACUCUGCAAUGUCACCUUGAACUCUGCUCAGCAAGCCCAGGCACACUAUCAGGGUAAGAACCAUGGCAAGAAACUCCGGAAUUAUUAUGCAGCCAACAGCUGCCCUCCUCCAGCCAGGGUGAGCAGUGUGCCAGAGCCUGUGGCCACACCCCUCGUUCCUGUCCCUCCGCAGGUGGGCUCCGGCAAGCCGGGGAGCAGAGUGAUCCUGGCCACAGAGAAUGACUACUGUAAGCUGUGCGACGCCUCCUUCAGCUCCCCUGCGGUGGCACAGGCCCACUACCAGGGCAAGAACCACGCCAAGAGACUUCGUCUGUCUGAAGCUCAGAGUAAUUCAUUCUCGGACUCCGCAGAGGCAGGGCAAAGGCGGCCCCGGAAAGAAGGGAGUGAGUUUAAGAUAGUGACCACCAGGAGGAAUAUGUACGCAGUCCAGAACAAUUCAGCAGGUCCGUACUUCCAUGCCCGCUCGCGGCAGAGAAUCCCACGAGAUCUUGCCAUGUGUGUCACUCCCAGUGGCCAGUUUUACUGCUCGAUGUGUAACGUUGGUGCUGGUGAAGAGGUGGAGUUCCGGCAGCAUCUGGAGAGCAAGCAGCACAAGAGCAAGGUGUCGGAACAGCGGUACCGGAGCGAGAUGGAGAAUCUGGGCUAUGUACAGUGACGGCCGCGCUCACGGAGAAGCCGGUCCUGCCUGUUUUUGCCUUCUGUCAACCUGCCUUGCUUUGUGGUCCCCUUGAUACAUACAUUCCUCCAUUCCUCUGCUUAGUAUGAGUAACCUGCAAUGGUGCCCUGAGCCGUCGUGUUGUCGGGGUCGGGGAGGGAGGUGUGCUUCUUAGGUCACAAUGCUCUUUUGGGCCAACCGUGUCAAACGACCUACAGUAUGUGACCUACCUGCCCCGUCAGAAAUAACUUCUUACCUUGGCCAAGUUCUGUUUAACCAGGAGUAGCCUGUUUGGAGCUAUGAUCAUUUAAAAACGGCAUCUAUUUUGCAAUUCUAGUUUUAUGCAUAUUAGAGGAAGACUUGGUUUGAGUUUGUUCCUCAGAUUAUAGUGGAAAGAGGUAAGCAGAGAGUCCCAUUUCCUGAUGCUCCUGGGGAGCCAUCAUCACAGUGCGGUGUCUGUGAUGUGCGGUUAGGGUGUGCGCUUGGGUCUCAGCAACAGUGCGUCCCCCUGUGGCAUGUCCGUCCGUCAUUGACAUGCAGGUGUUUUUGACUCCAGACACGUGCAGAAUGCUCAUGUUCUUUUGAAGACGUGACUUCAUCUCCAGUUGUGACCUGCACACAUUUGAUCCCCACCUCCUCCUUCCUACUGGAUCAACUUAUCUGCUGAGCUCUCACGCCCUAGCUGUCCUGUAGUUCCGAGACCCAGAUUCGACUAUCGAAUGAGUUGAAGAUGGAUAUUCUUUUUAAAAAAUGUAUUUUCAGAUGAUUCAAGGAAAUGCAUGGGUGUGUUUGAGAUUUCAAUUUGGAAGUAUAUUUUCACUGGUAAUCAUGUGAACUCCUGGGAUAGUCAUUACCUUGUGGCUCUUUGAUGAUUGUCCUGACGCCGCCCCAGCAGGUGAUGGGCACUCCUGGAAAAUACCGCUCUCUGCCAUUUCUUACGUGGGAAGUCCUCUUUUUUAAAAAGCUAAUCAAGUUUCAUUGUCAUUUCCAGUAGACGAGCACACAGACCUUGUGUUUUCUUCUUUGCCUCCUUGAAGAGAAUGAAAACACACACGGCUUUGGUGUCUAAUGAUGCUAAUGGGAUUCUUAUUUUUUAAAUAAAAAGCCAUAGUGUAUGUCUAGAUCGACUACCGGAGUAUUAUGUGAACUUGUGUUCACCAUGUUCUCUCUGUUUUCUACUUUUCUUCAUGUGGUAAGAGCGGCAUGCCCAUGCUUCACAGGGCAGCAUGCUUCUGCAGAAGGUAACAGCAAGCAGUGGUUAGCACUGUGACAGAGGCACAUUUUAUUACUUACGUCACCACUGGAGACCUCGGCAACCUGGAGAGUUCUCCAGGGUAACAGAUGGAGAGGAAGGAACGCUCACCAGUCCUCCUUUCCAUUCUUGCUUCAGAACAGUUGAAACUCAUAAUUAAAGGUUAAUUUUAUGAUUAGCUUCUAGAAUAGUACCCAGUUACUUUCUCCUGUUGAAAUGCUGGUUUCUUGAAAAGUGGAACUAUUUGGUUAAGUAUUUCCCUCUCAGAACAGAAGAAAGAACAGUGUUCGCUUGAGAUCUGAUCUCCGUUUGCAAUCCCUCAUACCAGAACCCUUCUGUGGCCAUCUACAGAGUUGGUCACUUUAGGGCAAUUUAGGAUGUAUCUUGUUAGCCAUUUGGUUGUUCAUUUUGCUGCUAAAUAUAAUUCUUUGGUAAAUUUAAAUAUCGUGCCGGCCACUUGGUUCUGUGAUUGUUUAACGGUCUCAUUUGCUCUCUCUGCAGGGGUGUGUCUGUGUAUCCCUGUGUCUGUGUCUGAAGAUCCAUGCUUCCCUGCCCCCUAGUUUUAUGUAAUACCCCAGAGAGAAUUUCACCUCAUCUUUAUCUCAGAAUAACAUUGAAGAUUCUGGGUAUAGAUUUACAUUUUAUAAAAGUGACAUUCAUCUGCUUUGCGUUUUUCCUCUGGGAAUGAAGUCAAAGGAUGUGUCCCC